AAGGGAGAGAGCGUAGCAGCUAAAUAAAGCGGAGAACAAGCCCGUCUCAGGACAUCAGUCCAAAGAAGAGGAUCUGCCGGCAAAGAGAUAAGAGGGGGAGGACAGGGAACGAAAGAGAGAGUCGGAGGACGGGAGAGAGAGAGAAUGGGAUAUUGCGGCAUGUGGAUCUUCCUCUUGUCUCUGUCUCUCUUCUAUCAAAGCGCCACUGCAGAGGCUGAAGUAUGUCGUUCAGCCAUGCCUGCUGAUAUUGUGUUCCUGGUGGAUGAUUCCUGGUCAGUGGGUCCGUCCAGCUUCCAGCAGAUCAAAGAGUUCAUAGCGGACAUCAUCCGAGCCUUCCAGGGAAGUGUGGUUGGACAGGAAGGCAUUCGCUUUGGAGUGACUGUCUAUUCAGACUUGCCCAGGAUGCGUAUAGCUCUGACGGAUUAUUCGACUCUGGAGGAAGUGCUGAGAGCAGUGGAGGAGGUGCCAUAUGAGGGAGGCAACAGCCGCACCGGCUUGGCAUUGGAAUUCCUUGUCGAGUCUGUGUUCAGUCCUUCUAUCAUCAGAGACAACGCCCCAAAGAUUGCUGUUCUGAUCACUAAUGGCCAAUCAGAUGAUCCGGUGGACGGUCCAGCUAAAGCUGUAACAGAUAGUGGGAUUUCCCUGUUUGCUGUGGGGGUGAGGAACGCCAAUCAAGCUGAGAUGAGAAAAAUCGUCACAGAACCCCAUGAGGAACAUCUACUGCUCAGCCCAGAUUUCUCCUUCCUGGAGAACCUUCUGCCCAAACUGUCUCGUCGCAUCUGCUUCACUGCUUCAGAACCUCCCCGGCCUGUUAAACAAAAGCCACCUGUGCUGAAGAGGAUAGUAGGACCUAAAGAUCUGCAAGUGAGCGAGCUGAGUUACAGUUCUCUGCAGCUGACCUGGAGUCAGGCCACAGGAGACGUUACCGGCUACAGGCUGCUCAUCACCCCUGUGUCUCCAAAGGGCCAUCUGCUCCCAGCACAGCAGAGACAGAUUGAUCUGAAGGGAGAUAUUAGUAGUACUCCAGUAACCGGGUUGAGUCCUAAGACUGAGUACUCCCUCACUUUAUAUGCCAUCUAUCCCGGACGCAUUGGAGAAUCUGCCACUAUUACCACAGAAACCACUGUUCUGCCACCGGUUUCGAACUUCCGUGUGAUUGAAGAAGGACUGUUCUCUUUGCGCCUGGGAUGGACGCCUUCGCUUGGAAAAGUGGAUAAAUAUAAAAUUUAUGUUCCAAGAACGGACAGACCCGGCCUCAUUUAUGAUCAGAUACUAUCGGGUGACGCCUCCUCUCACGUGAUUGACACUUUAGAAGAGGACAAAGAGUACACAGUCGAGAUUUACGCUGUCUAUCCUGAGGGCCCCAGUGAGACUGUAUCUGUCUCUGGGAAAACUUUGAAACUGGUCCCAGUUAAUAAACUGCUGGUGCAGAACGCCACUACAGACACAGUUCAGGCCCGCUGGUCGUCUGUCAGAGGCGCCACAGGAUACAGACUCACCUGGUCAUCAUCAGAGGGACACAUAGAAAACGUGAACCUGGGAGACAACUUUAAUUUCUACAUGGUGCAGGGCCUGCAUGCUGGCAUAGAGUACACCAUCACUAUCAACCCCAUCUUUGUGGACAUUGAAGGACCUGUUACCUCUGCCAAAGCUAAGACAUUGGAAAGCAGUGCAGUACAGACCCUGAGAGCGUCUGCGGUGAGCACUAGCAGCGCUGUUACCUCAUGGAACGGUGUACCUGGAGCCACAGGCUACAGAUUGGCCUGGGGCCCUACUGCAGAGUUCAUAGGGAGAGAUCGGCCCAGGCAGUUGGCUCUGAAUGGCAGCACUACGGAGUAUGUUUUGAAGAAUCUGGUCCAUGACACAGAGUAUGUGCUUUCGCUUUAUGUUCUCUUUGGUUCUGCGGUUGGUCCGGGCAUCACCGCUACAUUCAGGACCUCGCCUCUCGGAUAUGUCUCAAAUUUUAAAGUGACAUCAUACACCAGCUCGUCCAUCGAUGUGGAAUGGAGUCCUAUUGUAGGGGCCACGGAGUACAAACUCACCUGGAGUUCAGAAUUUGUGAGUCCUCAGAGUCGGUAUCUUGACCGCAGCAUUUUACGGCACAGCAUCACUGGUCUUCAGCCACAAACCCUUUAUUCUGUCAGCAUUCACGCUCUCUACAGCAACACAGAAGGACCAGAAAUCACUCUCUCACAGCAAACAGCCUCUUUGACAGACUCUGAGCUGAUUGAGACAGUUCGUGAGGUAAAAGUUGUGGACAUUGGAGCCAACUCAUUCAAACUGGCUUGGAAGAAAACACCAGGGGUCACUGGGUACAUGAUCACUUGGAGUUCUUUCCAUGGUGGAGAAAAAAAGAGUGAGGUUGUAUCUUCUUCUGCCACGUCCUUCACCAUCACUGAUCUGCCUGCCAGUUCUGCAUACAAGAUCCAGGUUUCUGCAGUGGUCAGGAGCAAAGAGGGAAGUCCAGUAAUGGUGACCGCCCGCACAUUGGAUCUGCCCAAGGUGACUGGAUUCAGUGCUCUGAACACCACCGACAACAGCACUGUACUGAACUGGACCAGUGUAACUGGAGCAUCUGGAUACCUGCUUUCCUGGAGACAUAUAUCAGAGGUGGACAUCUCCUCUGAUCUGCUGAGCUCUGGCUUCACCUCCUAUAAGAUCCGAGAUCUGCUAUAUGGCAGAACCUAUAUAUUUUCCAUCAGACCGCUUUAUGGGGAAGUGGAGGGUCCGGUCACAACCAUCACUAAAAGGAUAUUGGGAUCUCCUCGUCUCAUUCCUGUCCAGAGCCCUACGCCGGCCCCUGUUUCUGCUAAUACCAAAAUCAAUGACUUGCCCUUCCCCACCACAACCAGAAAUGCUCGCACCCCAUUGGUCAAAGCCCCCAGCGCACCCACUACCACUCAGAGACUCGCUGUGAGGCCUCAGAUCAUUACUGGCCAAACGGCUUCAGCACUGACCAGAAUUACCACAGUAAAUGACCAAACCACCCUGUCUGUCGAGACACCUCCACCUGGACCAGUGUGUGGCAGGGUGAAGGCAGAUAUUGUGUUUCUGGUCGAUGAAUCCUGGAGCAUUGGAACUAAUAACUUUGGCAAGCUGAAGAAUUUCCUGUUUAGAAUCGUCACCUACUUCCCCUCUAUAGGACCUAAAGGAACACAGAUAGCAGUAGUUCACUACAGUGAUCAGCCCAGGAUCGAGUUCAACUUUAACACUCACAAAGACCGUAACUCCGUUUUGAGAGCACUCCGUGAAGUCCGCUACGGAGGGGGGAACACAAAAACAGGUCGUGGGAUCAGCUAUGUCCUUAGGGAGAUGUUUCAGGAGUCUUUGGGUAUGAGACAGGAAGUCCCUCACAUGUUAGUGUUACUGACAGACGGGAGAGCACAGGAUGACGUAGAGCCACCGUCCAGGAUAGCACAUGCUCUGGGUGUCAGUGUGUUGGCCAUCGGCAUUGCUCAUGCAGAUAUUGAGGAGCUGAGGACCAUCGCCUCUCCCACCACUUACAAGAACAUCUUCUUCGCCAGUUAUUUCGACGAUCUUCCGACCAUCGAGAGAGAGUUUAUCAGCAGCAUCUGUAGCGAGGCCUUACAAUCAGAGUUCAAACAACACGAUGAGUCUGCUCAACUGGAUACACCUACAGAUGACCCGGAAGCUCUCAGUAAACCAGAAGGGCCCUGUCCUCUUAGCUGCAAGGGUCAGAAAGGAGAGAAGGGCGAUGGAUUUGGUCAUGGUGGCCUGCGACUCAAGCAAGGCCCGGGGCAUUAUGAUUCAUUCUCUCUAAAGGUCAAAGGGGAAAAGGGUGAACGCGGUCUUCCCGGAACGGAUGGAAUUCCGGGUUUACCAGGACGACCAGGUAGAACUGGACCUCCUGGUUCUCCUGGACAAAGGGGGGCGCCUGGAAUUCCUGGUGACAUGGGGCCUCCUGGUAAUACUGGACCUAAAGGACAGAGAGGAGAGAGAGGUGAACCGGGCUAUGUUAUGGGAGGUAUGGAGGUUCUUCCAGGACGUAAAGGAGAACCUGGAUCCUCUGGCCCUCCAGGUGCUCCAGGGGUCCCAGGGGUAUCAGGUCCUCCAGGACUCCCUGGUUUGUCUGGGCCUCCGGGUUCUCCUGGACUCUCUGUUAAGGGUGAGACUGGAGAAUCUGGUCCUAAAGGUCCACGUGGAAAACCGGGUCAGAAAGGAGAAAAGGGGGAGCAUGGAAGUAAUGGUCUACCAGGUUUACUAGGACCAGUGGGAGUGGAUGGACUUCCAGGACUUCCUGGGCAGAAGGGGGAGAAGGGAGAGGAAGGUAUCGGAAUUCAGGGUGUUCAAGGUCCACUUGGGCCAAAAGGAGAAAAGGGUAAUACAGGACUACAAGGCCCAAAGGGCGAAGUAGGAAUCCAGGGAGUCCAGGGAAUCACAGGCCCUCGGGGGAAAAAGGGUCUUAAAGGAGAUCAAGGAGACAAGGGUGAACGUGGGGAAAUUGGACCUAUCGGGCCUCCAGCAGUUGCAGGCUUCCCUGGAGCUGCUGGACGAAAGGGUGAUGAGGGGCAGCGCGGCCCUCCCGGUGACCCAGCAAAAGGGAUACUCGGUCCUCCAGGGAAAAAGGGUGCCAGGGGGGAUGUUGGACAAGUUGGGCCACCAGGACCACAAGGAAUCAAAGGAGAUCAAGGUGAUAAAGGUGAAAAGGGCAGUCCUGGAUUUGGAAUCCCCGGUCAGCCUGGUCCCAAAGGAGAGAGUGGAGAAAGAGGUAAUGUUGGACUUAGGGGGAAACCUGGGCCUAAAGGCAGCGAUGGGUCCAAAGGAGAGAAAGGGGAGGUGGGCUUCCCAGGCAACCCUGGUUCUCCAGGACUAAGAGGUAAAGAUGGUCUGCCAGGACCGAUAGGAGAGAUGGGAUUGAGGGGAGAGUCUGGUUCACCAGGAGAACCUGGAGAGAGAGGUGUUAAGGGGCCUCUCGGUCUUCCAGGACGACCCGGUGACCCUGGGGGAAAAGGCGAGCAUGGGAAAUUAGGGUUACCAGGUCCAGAGGGAAACAAAGGAGAGAAAGGCGAGCCGGGAAGGCCGGGACCACCGGGAGACACUCAAUUCACCACUUCAGAAAACACCAUUCUCACCAGGGCCAUUAAGGGUGAACCUGGUGAGCCAGGGCUCCCAGGACUCAGAGGGGAGACAGGACGUCCUGGACCACCUGGUCCUGAAGGUAAACCAGGACCUCCUGGGAAUUCACUGCCUGGAUCUAGUAAAGGAAGAGAUGGUGUGGAUGGUUUACCAGGAAGGCCUGGAUCUAAGGGUGAACCAGGACAGAAAGGGGACCCAAGUCCAACAGGUGAGAAAGGAGAUCCUGGACGUGCUGGGAUUACUGGUAUGCCUGGUUUACCUGGGACACCUGGUAAACCUGGUGUUGAUGGGAAACGUGGAGCAGCUGGAAAAGAUGGAGAUCAAGGACCAAAGGGUGAUGAAGGGACAAAGGGUGAAAAAGGUGAACCUGGUGCAAAUGGAAAUGAAGGUCAAAAAGGAGAGCCAGGAUCUCCAGGCUUGCCAGGUCCUCCCAUUGUCCUCCAAGAUGGUAUGUCGAUUGAGGACAUUAAAAAGGCAUUUCCCAUACCAAUGGGACCCCCGGGUGCGGUGGGUCCUCCUGGGAUGAAGGGAGAGAAAGGAGACAUGGGUUUGAAAGGAGAGAAGGGUGAUGCUGGCCCACCGGGCAGAGCUGUUGAAAUGAAGGACAUUGAAGGCUUGUUUGAUUCAUAUGGUAUUAAACUCUCGCUGCUGAAGGCCUUGAUUGACAGGCUGCUUCAGGAUGGAAUGGAGGAGCUUCUUCAUGAGAUCAGCACCAGCAGAAGAGUGAAAGGAGACAGACAGGAGCCGGACUCAAACGUCAUCACUGAAUACACCAGCUCAGUAAAGUACAGUCACCCACAAGAGUCAUUACCUGAUACAGAUUUGGCUGAGGAAGAGACUGAUCUUGAAGAGGGGCAGAUGCCUGAGCCCAGUCCUAAGCCUGUUGUAGAAAAAGAAGUGGGUCCUAUCCUUUCGAACAUCUCUACUAUUCACAAAAAGGCCAACCAGAGUGAAACCAAAGACAAGCUGGUAGAUGUUGAAGAAAAGAAACUUGUGGAGACCAACUUCAGUGAUGUUACACCUUUGAAAUUUCUCCAAACCAACACUUCCUCUGAGAGGUUGGGCUCUGGGAAGGUAGAGGUAAGUAUGGAGACAGUUUUUCACAGCCACGAGGACACGGGGAAGAAAACAUCUGGAGAGAAGAAGAAAGGCAGAGAGAGGGGAAAGGGCAAAGGAAAUAAAGGACGUCAAAAACGACAAAGGAAACGUUUGGAAGAUCAAGACAACAUAGAAGAGGAGGUUGAGGAAGCAUCAUAUGACGAUGAGGAAUAUGAAUAUGAGGACGAGCUGCCCACAGAAGAGCCCUUUCCCUCUCGAGAGGAGGAGGGUGAAGGGGAGGAGGUAAAAUACUCAGCAACAACUGCUAUAUACACACAAGAAAAUGAGGGUGAAACAUCUUCUCUGAUUACACAGUAUCCAGAGGAGAUUACACUGAUGGUUCACACAACAACAGCGAGUCCCCUGCUGUCAUCAAAAGUCACAGAGCAGAAGCCGCGUGAAACCACAUUAAUAUCAGUGCUAAAUACAACACAAACUGGAGAGGAGGUGAGCUUGUCCCACAAACGCGGGCUGGAAGAGGCAAGAUCUAAAGUGAAGAGAAGUGCUCCUUCAUCUGAGUUCAUGGCCUACAUGCCUGGAACACCAGGAGGAGAAAACCGUUACAAACAAGGAUCUAAGCGGUCUACCUCAGGUGCACAAGGCAAAAAUAAGCUAAAUAAAAAGAAGCAAGAAAACAAAGACCCUGAGACUGUGACAGAGAUGUACGGGGAAAGAGAGGGGGAAGAACAGGGGGAGAGAGAAGAUGAAGUCUAUCUUGAGAACAAAGAAAGGAUUAUUGAAGAGGAAAAGACAACUGAGGCACAGUGGGACAUGGAGGAAGAGGAUGGUGUGACUGAGACCAAGGAAUACAGUUCAGGUGAUGGUGACGAGGAGAUAGAGGAAGAAUUUGAGCUAGAGAGGGAGAGAGAGAGACAGGAGAUGGAAAAAGAAAGGAUGGAACUGGAACAAGAAAGAGAAGAAGAACUGGAAAGGGAGAGAGAGCUUGAGAGAGAGACAGAGAUGGAGCAAGAAGAAAAGGAGGAGAGAGAGAGACAGUUACAAAGACAAAGAAUGGAAUGGGAGAGACAAAGAGAGAAGAUGGAGAGAGAGAGGAAGGGAGAGACAGACCGAGAAGAAGACAUGGGGCCCCGUAUUUCCCACUGUGAUUACCUUAAAGGACCUCCAGGUGAAAAUGGAAAACCAGGCCCUAAGGGGGAGAUUGGUGAAAUAGGCCAGAAGGGAGAACCUGGAACUGGUCACCGUGGGCCCAUUGGUCAGGCCGGUCCACCAGGACAAAAGGGCGAGCCUGGAGAACCAGGACCACCUGGAGCACAGGGCAUUCAGGGUAUUCGUGGCAACCCUGGCAUCCCGGGGUCACCAGGUCACAGAGGUCAGCCUGGUGACCCUGGAGAGCCAGGUAGAAAGGGUGAUAGAGGGAGACGAGGGAAGAAUGGCUCACCUGGUACUCCAGGUGCAAUUGGUCCUCCUGGACAGCAGGGUCCUCCUGGCCCCUCUGGGGUUAAUGGUGAAAAGGGAGACAGUAUCCCAGGAGAACCAGGAGACAGAGGAAUUCCUGGGCUCCCAGGUCGCAGGGGAGUCAAAGGCACUGUCGGUGCCAAUGGGCCUCUAGGUCUCAUGGGUCCUAAAGGCAUGACAGGUAUGAAAGGAGAAAAGGGUGACAAAGGUGUGACUGGUCACAGAGGAGACAAGGGUAGUCCUCUCUCCAUGCCAGGACCCAGAGGAUAUAAGGGUCUGAAAGGAGAGCCAGGUGAACGUGGGCUUCCAGGAUUUGAUGGAGAUAAAGGAGAGAAGGGUGAAGAUGGUCCACCUGGUGCAAAGGGGCUGAAGGGAGAAGCUGGUACUAAAGGAGGCAUGGGGCCUUUUGGUGCACGUGGUCCAGUAGGACAAAAGGGAGAUCCAGGGGAGCCAGGCGCCAAUGGGGAAAAGGGUCGUAAUGGAGAACAUGGAUUGGAUGGUGAGAAAGGUGAUAAGGGAGACAUGGGCCUGCAGGGCCGAAAGGGAGAUCAGGGUGAGACAGGAGAGCCUGGUUUACCUGGAGAUGCAGGAAUUAUAGGCGAGAAGGGCUUCAGAGGUUUCCCUGGUCGAAUAGGGAGUCCAGGACUGGAUGGAGAACAGGGUGAUUCUGGGGACCCUGGCAGGCCUGGUAUUCCAGGACUAAACGGUCUCCCGGGACGAAAGGGAGAAAAAGGUGAUAGUGGUCUGAAUGGUCUUGAUGGAGGUCCUGGACAAAAAGGAGAGAAGGGUGCGACUGGUUUCCCAGGUUUCACUGGGUUUAAGGGGUCUCCUGGUGCACCAGGAACUAAUGGGGCUCUGGGUCGGCCUGGUCCGGUUGGACCUAAAGGUGAAGUGGGACCAAAGGGAGAGAAGGGAAGGAGAGGCAGAGGAAAGGCCUGUCAACGGGGACCCCCUGGAAUUCCUGGCCUCAGAGGCCUGGAUGGGGAAGUGGGAACCUCAGGCAUGAAAGGAGAAAAAGGGGAGACUGGACUCAGUGUGGAGGAAGUGAAGGAUCUUGUGACAAAGGAGGUGGUUGAGAAGUGUGGAAAGGAAAUACUCCUCAUGGUGAAAACCAAUGAUCCAGAUGAAGAGAGUAUCCUAAGAGAAGAGAGAAGAACAGAUUCUGCCUCUCCAUUCUUGCUCACCCACCCCAAAGUGUGGGAUGAAGAGUCAGAGGACGAGACCACUACAGUUCAUCCUGCUGUUUCAGAGUCUGAGCCAACAUUAGCAUAUGGCAACGUUACAAGAGCCAGUACUGAGGGAGAUGGAGAGCAGAGAGAAAAGAGACGUGCACUCAAACUCCACUCAGACCUAGCCGCUGAUCUGUGCCUUGAACCCAUGUCUGAGGGCCACUGCACUGAAUACGUCCUGCUCUGGUACUACUACACUGUCUCAGGAGACUGCCGUCCCUUUGUGUAUGGUGGCUGUGGAGGAAAUAGGAACCGCUUCAGCUCCAAACAGGGCUGUGAGAGUCAAUGUAUUCUGGGAAGGAGAGAUUUUGGAUCCUGAGGAGGAGAGAUGUGCUAUUUUUAACAGUUAAACUGAAUUCUAUCUCACAAAAAAUACUGUUUUUGUACAUUGCCAUGAUGCCAUCCUAUAUGUAUAUUAGUUUAUAACAGCUUUAUAUAGCAGAAAAAAAAUUUAUACUACAU